AUGGCUUCCACAUUGCCCGCCGACAGCCCCAAAGAGGCCCCCGCCGCACCGGCUCCAGCAUCGGCUCCAGCACCAACCGCCCAAGAAGCCCAAGAAGCCCAAGAAGCCCAAGAACCAAACAACGCACCUGAACCAGCACAACCACCUCAAAAGGCAGCUGUAAACGAUGAAGACGAAGACUCAGAGUUUGAUGAGCUAGACGACGUCCUGGACGACUUCUCCAAACCCAAACGCGCACCCGCAGCCACAACACCAGCCCCAGCUCCUGCCUCCGCCACCAACCCCGACCCCUCAAAAGGCAUAACCCCCGCCGACUUCGACGAAGAUGCCUUCCUAAAGCAACUUGAACAAGACAUGGCAAAGAUGAUGGUCCCCGGCGCCGGAGACACCUCAGACCCUGCCUUCCAAGCAACCAUCGACCAAGGCGCCGACGUCUUCGCCAAACAGCUCGAAGAGAGCGGCAUCCCGCCCGGCGACUUCCUGAAACAGCUUCUCGCCGACGUCAUGGCCGAAGAAAACGGCUCCAACCCCGGAGCCGCGGCAGACGGUCUCGCAGCAGCGGCAGCGGCAGCGGCCGGCACGAACGAGAAGGCCGGCGCGAGCGCCGGCGCAGAAGGACCGGCUGACUCGUUCAAUGAAGCUAUUAAACGCACGAUGGGCCGGAUGAAGGAGAGUGGCGAUAAGGCUACUGCGGCGAGUACGGAGGAGGAUCUCUCGGACGAUAUGCUGGCGCAGCUGUUGAAGGCUGUUGAGGCUGGUGCGGCUGGUGCGGGCGAUGAUGGGGAUUUGUCGAAGAUGUUUAUGGGGAUGAUGGAGCAGCUUUCUAAUAAGGAGAUGCUGUAUGAGCCUAUGAAGGAGUUGGAUGGGAAGUUUGGGCCUUGGAUUGAGAAGAACAAGGAGAGUGGGAAGGUGAAUGCUGAGGAUAUGGAGCGGUUUGAGACCCAGGCGCGACUCGUUAAGCAGAUUGUGCAGAAGUUUGAGGAGAAGAACUUCUCUGAUGAUGAUCCUAAAUGUCGGGAGUAUAUCUGGGAGAGGAUGCAAGAGAUGCAAGCAGCUGGAAGCCCGCCUGAGGAAUUAGUUGCGAAUCCCCUCAUGGACGACCUGGGAGGUGCAGCGGCGGCAGCUGCAGGUGGUGUGCCUGACUGCCCGCAACAGUAA